AUGGACGUGGACGUGGACGUGGACGUGGACGUGGACGUGGACAUGGACGUGGACGUGGACGUGGACAUGGACGUGGACGUGGACGUGGACGUAGACGUGGACGUGGACGUGGACGUGGACGUGGACCUGGACGUGGACGUGGACGUGGACAUGGACGUGGACGUGGACGUGGACGUGGACGUGGACGUAGACGUGGACGUAGACGUGGAGAUGGACGUGGACGUGGACGUGGACAUGGACGUGGACAUGGACGUGGACGUGGACGUGGACAUGGACGUGGACGGGGACGCUGACGUUGACGCGGACGCGGACGUGGACGCGGACGUGGUCGUGGACGUGGACGUGGACGUGGACGUGGACGUGGACGUGGUCGUGGACGUGGUCGUGGACGUGGUCGUGGACGUGGACGUGGACGUGGACGUGGACGUGGACGUGGACGUGGACGAGGACGUGGACGUGGAUGUGGACGUGGACGUGGACGUGGACGUACGUGGACUGGACGUGGACGCGGACGCGGACGUGGACGCGGACGUGGACGUGGACCUGGACGUGGUCGUGGACGUGGACGUGGACGUGGACGUGGACGUGGUCGUGGACGUGGACGUAGACGUGGACGUGGACGUGGACGAGGACGUGGACGUGGACGUGGACGUGGACGUGGACAUGGACGUGGACGUGGAAGUGGACAUGGACAUGGACAUGGUCGUGGACGUGGACGUAGACGUGGACGUGGACCUGGACGUGGACGUGGACGUGGACCUGGACGUGGACGUGGACGUGGACCUGGACGUGGACGUGGACGUGGACGUGGAUAUGGACGUGGACAUGGACGUGGACAUGGACGUGGACGUGGACGUGGACGUGGACGUGGACAUGGACGUAGACGUCGACGUGGACGUGGACGUGGACGUGGACAUGGACAUGGACGUGGACGUGGAAGUGGACGUGGACAUGGACAUGGUCGUGGACGUGGACGUAGACGUGGACGUGGACCUGGACGUGGACGUGGACGUGGACGUGGACAUGGAAGUGGACGUGGACGUGGAUAUGGACGUAGACAUGGACGUGGACGUGGACAUGGACGUGGACGUGGACGUGGACGUGGACGUGGACGUGGACGUGGAUGUGGACGUGGACAUGGACAUGGACAUGGACGUGGACGUGGACGUGGUCAUGGACGUCGACGUGGACGUGGACGUGGUCAUGGACGUCGACGUGGACAUGGUCGUGGACGUGGACGUGGACGUGGACGUGGACAUGGUCGUGGACGUGGACGUGGACGUGGACGUGGACAUGGUCGUGGACGUGGACGUGGACGUCGACGUGGACCUGGACGUGGACGUGGACGUGGACGUGGAGGUGGACGUGGACGUCGACGUGGACAGGGACGUGGAGGUGGACGUGGACGUGGACGUGGACGUGGACGUGGACGUGGACGUGGACGUGGACGUGGACGUGGACGUGGACGUGGACGUGGAUGUGGACGUGGAUGUGGACGUGGACGUGGUCGUGGACGUGGACGUGGACGUGGACAUGGACGUGGACAUGGACGUGGACGUGGAUGUUGUCGUGGACGUGGACAUGGACGUGGACGUGGACGUGGACGUGGAGGACUUGAACGACUUGGACGUGGACAUGGACGUGGACAUGGUCAUGGACGUGGACGUGGACGUGGACAUUGUCGUGGACGUGGACGUGGACGUGGACGUGGUCGUGGACGUGGACGUGGACGUGGACGUCCACGUGGACAUGGACGUGGACGUGGACGUGGACAUGGACGUGGACGUCGACGUGGACAUGGACGUGGAGGUGGACGUGGACGUGGACAUGGACGUGGACGUGGACGUGGACGUGGAUGUGGACGUGGACGUGGUCGUGGACGUGGACGUGGACGUGGACAUGUACGUGGACAUGGACGUGGACGUGGAUGUUGUCGUGGACGUGGACAUGGACGUGGACGUGGACGUGGACGUGGAGGACUUGAACGACUUGGACGUGGACAUGGACGUGGACAUGGUCAUGGACGUGGACGUGGACGUGGACAUUGUCGUGGACGUGGUCGUGGACGUGGACGUGGACGUGGACGUCGACGUGGACGUGGACGUGGACGUGGACGUGGACGUGGACGUCGACGUGGACAUGGACGUGGAUGUGGACGAGGACGUGGACAUGGAAAUGGUCGACGUGGACAUGGACGUGGAUGUGGACGUGGACGUGGACAUGGACGUGGACGUGGACGUGGACGUGGAUGUAGACGUGGACGUGGUCGUGGACGUGGACGUGGACAUGGACGUGGACAUGGACGUGGACGUGGAUGUUGUCGUGGACGUGGACAUGGACGUGGACGUGGACGUGGAGGACUUGAACGACUUGGACGUGGACAUGGACGUGGACAUGGACAUGGACGUGGACGUGGACGUGGACGUGGACAUGGACAUGGACGUGGACGUGGACGUGGACGUGGACAUAGACGUGGACGUGGACGUGGACGUGGACGUGGACGUGGACAUGGACGUGGACGUGGACGUGGAGGACAUGGACGUGGACAUAGACGUGGACGUAGACGUGGACGUGGACGUGGACAUGGACAUGGACGUGGACGUGGACGUGGACGUGGACAUGGACGUGGAGAUGGACGUGGACGUGGACGAGGACGUGGACGUGGACAUGGACGUGGACGUGGAGGACUUGGACGUGGACAUGGACGUGGACGUGGACAUGGACGUGGACGUGGACAUGGACGUGGACGUGGACGCUGACGACUUGAACGUGGACGUGGACGUGGACAUGGACAUGGACGUGGACGUGGACGUGGACAUGGACGUGGACGUGGACGUGGACGUGGACGUAGACGUGGACGUGGAUGUGGACAUGGACGUGGAUGUGGACGUGGACGUGGACAUGGACAUGGACGUGGAUGUUGUCGUGGACGUGGACAUGGACGUGGACGUGGACGUGGACGUGGAGGACUUGAACGACUUGGACGUGGACAUGGACGUGGACAUGGUCAUGGACGUGGACGUGGACGUGGACAUUGUCGUGGACGUGGACGUGGACGUGGACGUGGACAUGGACGUGGACGUGGAAGUGGACGUGGACGUGGACGUGGACAUGGACGUGGACGUGGACGUGGACGUGGACGUGGACGUGAACGUGGACAUGGACGUGGAAGUGGACGUGGACGUCGACGUCGACGUGGACAUGGACGUGGACGUGGACGUGGACGUGGACAUGGACGUGGUCGUGGAGAUAGACGUGGACGUGGACGUGGACGUGGACAUGGUUGUGGACGUGGACCUGGACAAGGACGUGGACGUGGACAUAGACGUGGACAUGGUCGUGGACGUGGACGUGGACGUGGACGUGGACGUGGACAUGGACGUGGACGUGGACGUGGACGUGGACGUGGACAUGGUCGUGGAUGUGGACGUGGAAGUGGACGUGGUCGUGGUCGUGGUCGUAGACAUGGACGUGGACGUGGACGUGGACGUGGACGUGGACAUGGACGUGGACGUGGACGUGGACGUGGACGUGGUCAUGGACGUGGUCAUGGAUGUGGACAUGGACGUGGUCGUGGACGUGGACGUGGAGGUGGAGGUGGACAUGGACGUGGACGUGGACAUGGACGUGGACGUGGACGUGGACGAGGACGUGGACGUGGACAUGGUCGUGGACGUGGACAUGGACGUGGACAUGGUCGUGAACGUGGACGUGGACGUGGACGUGGACAUGGACGUGGACGUGGACAUGGUCCUAGAUGUGGAUGUGGACGUAGAGAUGGAUGUGGACGUGGACGUGGACGUGGACGUGGACAUGGUCGUGGACGUGGACGUGGACGUGGACAUGGAGGUGGACGUGGACGUAGACGUUGACGUGGAAGACGUGGACGUGGACGUGGACAUGGACGUGGUCGUGGACGUGGAGGACUUGGAUGUGGACGUGGACGUGGACGUGGACAUGGACGUGGUCAUGGACGUGGACGUAGACGUGGACGUGGACCUGGACGUGGACGUGGACGUGGAGAUGGACAUGGACGUGGACGUGGACAUGGACGUGGAUAUGGACGUGGACAUGGACGUGGACCUGGACGUGGACGUGGAAAUGGACGUGGACGUGGACGUCGACAUGGACGUGGACGUGGAGGUGGACGUGGACGUGGACGUGGACGUGGACGUGGAUGUGGACGUGGACAUGGACAUGGACGUGGACGUGGACGUGGACGUGGACGUGGUCGUGGACGUCGACGUGGACAUGGUCGUGGACGUGGACGUGGACGUGGACAUUGUCGUGGACGUGGACGUGGACGUGGACAUGGUCGUGGACGUGGACGUGGACGUCGACGUGGACCUGGACGUGGACGUGGACGUGGACGUGGACAUGGACGUGGACGUCGACGUGGACAUGGACGUGGAGGUGGACGUGGACGUGGACAUGGACGUGGACGUGGACGUGGACGUGGAUGUGGACGUGGACGUGGUCCUGGUCGUGGACGUGGACGUGGACAUGGACGUGGACGUGGACGUGGACGUGGAUGUGGACGUGGACGUGGUCGUGGACGUGGACGUGGACGUGGACAUGGACGUGGACAUGGACGUGGACGUGGAUGUUGUCGUGGACGUGGACAUGGACGUGGACGUGGACGUGGACGUGGAGGACUUGAACGACUUGGACGUGGACGUGGACGUGGACAUGGUCAUGGACGUGGACGUGGAUGUGGACGUGGACGUGGACGUGGACGUGGACGUCGACGUCGACGUGGACGUGGACGUGGACGUGGACAUGGACGUGGACGUGGACGUGGACAUGGACGUGGAGGUGGACGUGGACGUGGACGUGGACGUGGACGUGGACGUGGACGUGGACGUGGACGUGGACGUGGUCGUGGACGUGGACGUGGACGUGGACAUGGACGUGGACAUGGACGUGGACGUGGAUGUUGUCGUGGACGUGGACAUGGACGUGGACGUGGACGUGGACGUGGAGGACUUGAACGACUUGGACGUGGACAUGGACGUGGACAUGGUCAUGGACGUGGACGUGGACGUGGACAUUGUCGUGGACGUGGACGUAGACGUGGACGUGGACAUGGACGUGGACGUGGAAGUGGACGUGGACGUCGACGUGGACAUGGACGUGGAUGUGGACGUGGACGUGGACAUGGACGUGGAUGUAGACGUGGACGUGGUCGUGGACGUGGACGUGGUCGUGGACAUGGACGUGGACAUGGACGUGGACGUGGAUGUUGUCGUGGACGUGGACAUGGACGUGGACGUGGACGUGGACGUGGAGGAUUUGAACGACGUGGACGUGGACGUGGACGUGGAGGACUUGAACGUGGACGUGGACGUGGACAUGGACAUGGACGUGGACGUGGACGUGGACAUGGACGUGGACGUGGACGUGGACGUGGACGUAGACGUGGACGUGGACGUGGACAUGGACAUGGACGUGGAUGUUGUCGUGGACGUGGACAUGGACGUGGACGUGGACGUGGAGGACUUGAACGACUUGGACGUGGACAUGGACGUGGACAUGGUCAUGGACGUGGACGUGGACGUGGACAUUGUCGUGGACGUGGACGUAGACGUGGACGUGGACAUGGACGUGGACGUGGAAGUGGACGUGGACGUGGACGUGGACAUGGACGUGGACGUGGACGUGGACGUGGACGUAGACAUGGACGUGGACGUGGAUGUGGAGGACUUGGACGUGGACAUGGACGUGGACAUGGUCAUGGACGUGGACGUGGACGUGGACAUUGUCGUGGACGUGGACGUGGACGUGGACGUGGUCGUGGACGUGGACGUGGACGUGGACGUCGACGUGGACAUGGACGUGGACGUGGACGUGGACGUGGACAUGGACGUGGACGUCGACGUGGACAUGGACGUGGAUGUGGACGUGGACGUGGACAUGGACGUGGACGUGGACGUGGACGUGGAUGUAGACGUGGACGUGGUCGUGGACGUGGACGUGGACGUGGACAUGGACGUGGACAUGGACGUGGACGUGGAUGUUGUCGUGGACGUGGACAUGGACGUGGACGUGGACGUGGACGUGGAGGACUUGAACGACUUGGACGUGGACAUGGACGUGGACAUGGACAUGGACGUGGACGUGGACGUGGACGUGGACAUGGACAUGGACGUGGACGUGGACGUGGACGUGGACGUGGACAUAGACGUGGACGUGGAUGUGGACGUGGACGUGGACGUGGACGUGGACAUGGACGUGGACGUGGACGUGGAGGACAUGGACGUGGACAUAGACGUGGACGUAGACGUGGACGUGGACGUGGACAUGGACAUGGACGUGGACGUGGACGUGGACGUGGACAUGGACGUGGAGAUGGACGUGGACGUGGACGAGGACGUGGACGUGGACAUGGACGUGGACGUGGACAUGGACGUGGACGUGGACGCUGACGACGUGGACGUGGACGUGGACGUGGAGGACUUGAACGUGGACGUGGACGUGGACAUGGACAUGGACGUGGACGUGGACGUGGACAUGGACGUGGACGUGGACGUGGACGUGGACGUAGACGUGGACGUGGACGUGGACAUGGACAUGGACGUGGAUGUUGUCGUGGACGUGGACAUGGACGUGGACGUGGACGUGGACGUGGAGGACUUGAACGACUUGGACGUGGACAUGGACGUGGACAUGGUCAUGGACGUGGACGUGGACGUGGACAUUGUCGUGGACGUGGACGUAGACGUGGACGUGGACAUGGACGUGGACGUGGAAGUGGACGUGGACGUGGACGUGGACAUGGACGUGGACGUGGACGUGGACGUGGACGUGGACGUGGACGUGGACGUGAACGUGGACAUGGACGUGGAAGUGGACGUGGACGUCGACGUCGACGUGGACAUGGACGUGGACGUGGACGUGGACGUGGACAUGGACGUGGUCGUGGAGAUAGACGUGGACGUGGACGUGGACGUGGACAUGGUUGUGGACGUGGACCUGGACAAGGACGUGGACGUGGACAUAGACGUGGACGUGGACGUGGACGUUGACGUGGACGUGGACGUGGACGUGGACCUGGACGUGGACGUGGACGUGGACGUGGACGUGGUCAUGGACGUGGUCAUGGAUGUGGACAUGGACGUGGUCGUGGACGUGGACGUGGAGGUGGAGGUGGACAUGGACGUGGACGUGGACAUGGACGUGGACGUGGACGUGGACGAGGACGUGGACGUGGACAUGGUUGUGGACGUGGACAUGGACGUGGACAUGGUCGUGAACGUGGACGUGGACGUGGACGUGGACAUGGACGUGGACGUGGACAUGGUCCUAGAUGUGGAUGUGGACGUAGACAUGGAUGUGGACGUGGACGUGGACGUGGACGUGGACAUGGUCGUGGACGUGGACGUGGACGUGGACAUGGAGGUGGACGUGGACGUAGACGUGGACGUGGAAGACGUGGACGUGGACGUGGACAUGGACGUGGUCGUGGACGUGGAGGACUUGGAUGUGGACGUGGACGUGGACGUGGACAUGGACGUGGUCAUGGACGUGGACGUAGACGUGGACGUGGACCUGGACGUGGACGUGGACGUGGAGAUGGACAUGGACGUGGACGUGGACGUGGAUAUGGACGUGGACGUGGACGUGGACGUGGACGUGGACGUGAACAGGGACGUGGACGUGAACAGGGACGUGGACGUGGACGUGGACGUGAACAGGGACGUGGACGUGGACGUGGACGUCAACAUGGACGUGGACGUGGAGGUGGAGGUGGACGUGGACGUGGACGUGGUCGUGGACGUGGACAUAGACAUGGACGUGGACGUGGACGUGGACGUGGACAUGGUCAUGGACGUGGACGUGGACGUGGACAUUGUCGUGGACGUCGAGGUGGUCGUGGACGUGGACGUGGACGUGGACAUUGUCGUGGACGUCGAGGUGGACGUGGACGUGGUCGUGGACGUGGACGUGGACGUCGAGGUGGACGUGGACGUGGACGUGGACGUGGACGUGGACGUGGACAUGGACGUGGACGUGGACGUGGACGUGGACAUGGACAUGGACGUGGACAUGGACGUGGACGUGGACGUGGACAUGGACAUGGACGUGGACGUGGACGUGGACGUGGACGUGGUCGUGGACGUGGACAUGGACAUGGACGUGGACGUGGACGUGGAGGACUUGAACGACUUGGACGUGGACAUGGACGUGGACGUGGACGUGGACGUGGACAUGGACGUGGACGUGGACGUGGAUGUGGACGUGGACGUGGACGUGGACGUAGACGUGGACGUGGACGUGGACGUGGACAUGGACUUGUCCAGGAGCUUUCUUGGUCCGUUAGCUUGCCUGGUCCAGGAGCUUGCCUGGUCCAGGACCUUUCCUCGUCCAAGAGCUUGCCUGGUCGAGGAGCUUGCCUGGUCCAGGAGCGUGCCUGAUCCAUGA